AAAACAGAAAAAACAAUACUCAUUAAUGUGUCAAAUAAAUUUAUGUAGUAAUACAUUAGCCUCAAACAAGUUAUAGACAAAACCUCAUUCGAUAACAAUAUAAUAAAAUUGCAAGAGUGAUAGCCACAGAAGUUAGACUUACACAGUAAUGCCGCCCUUUGACCUGAAUAGCCAACCGUACCGCCGGCGGUUUCUGUACCAGCGGUACCGCGACCUAGUUCACCAUCACAUCGGUGACUUUUCCGAAAAGCCGGAGGAGGAUGGAGAUCCCCGGGUAAGGGGCAUUCUGCGGAGCACCAGCUGCCGGCGACACCGUGAACGUCUGCGUUCCAGCCGGCAGUCGAAGCUCCUCCAAGGAACUGCCAUCGUGGCGGCGGUGCUUGUGGUCUGUACCCUGCUACUUCUCCUUGGAAUCGAGAUGGCCACCGAGCAGAUGGACGUCCCGAAACAGCCGGAAGAGGGCCUUUGGAUGGGCGCUCUAAGACUGCUGGGAUUGGAGCAGGAAGAGGAUCGGCUGGCAGGAAACUCGUACAUGCAAACCCAUGCUGGGUUCUGCAGUCCGCAGGCCUUGGAUUUGCGGCGGAUCUUCGGACACAUGAACCGGGUGGUGCUCAACCAGGAGCAGGCGCUGGCCAGGAUGGAGCGGGCACUGGGCGGGACAGGUCGUUUCCGAUCGGUGGCCCUUCUUGGACCGCCGGGCGUGGGAAAAACUCUGGCGGUGAACGCCCUGCGUAAUUGUUUUCCCUGGCCGGAAAAUGCUCAUUCGUACUCCUGGAGCACCCACGUUCCGGAUGAGGCCAAAAAAUUCCGACUGGUUAGGCAGUUCGCCGAAGGACUGUCCGAUUGCGGGGUAAAUCUGCUAAUCAUCGACAACCUGGAGACCUGCGAUCACGGACUGGUGCCCAUCUACAAUCGGCUGAUUAUGGAGCGCGAAGGCGAUCCAAACCGGAAUCAAACGGUCCUGGUGGUGUACGUGUUCAACCUGGAAUCCGAUCAGUACUGGGAGCAGUUCGAGUUGCUGCAGGAACUCCCAGCGGAGACCACCAUCGUUAACUUUCGGUUCUUCCAUCACGAUGAUCUGGUGGAUUGUAUGGCCAAUGAGCUGAAGGAACAGCGGAUUCUCAGCAGACAGAUGGAGUCCCAGGUGCUCGAGGAGGCCUUGGAAAAUGUCCAGAUCUCGGGAUGUAAGAGCCUGCGACUGCUGAUACUGCAAAAUGGUGUCAAACCAUAAAUCCAAUGUCAAUUAAAAAAAAAAGGCAGUUGUUUUAU